CAAAUAAAUAAAAUUUCUCAAAGAAUUUUUAAUAUGGCAGGGAACAACAUUCACAACUAAGAAUAUAAUUUUGAAUUAGAGGAAGAAUUUGAUUUGGAAAAUUUAGAAAUGCCAUAAUUAGUUAGACGUAAUGGAACCAUUAACAAUAAUGAAGAAAUCAUUAAUUUUCUUAUUUUGGAUUAACCUGCAGAUAAAAUAUUUCACGAAGAAUAAUGUCCUAUUUGUUUAGAGUCAUCAGAACAGCUUUAUCCAUUAAAAUGUGGUCAUACUUACUGUUAGUAUGAUAUAGAAAAAUUAAUGGAAAUCUCGAAAUCUUCCUAUGGCUUAAUAUAAUGUCCCAUUUGCAGAGCUUAUCAAACUAUCGAUUCAUUUGAAGAAAAAUUAAAUCUCAAAUAAAAUAAUCUUGAGAAUAGCCAGCAAUUAUGUCUUUGAAAAAAUUUAAAUGUUUGCCUCUAAUUAAAAUUUAUUUAAAACAUAUAUUGAUUCAUUAUAUCUU